UUUUAUGUGAUACAUUAAGUUAACUUUAUUUGUUAUCAUCGAACAUUAUAUCAUUGACAUUGCUGUUAUAAGUUGUGUUUUUGUAUAAGUGGUGUAGAUUUUAAAGCAUAUUUUCGUGUGCUUACCAAUGCGAUAUACGGAAAUUAUAUGAAAUGGAUUACACACUCAGCUUUUUUGUUAUUGUGCUGAUUUCGUUCCAGAGGACAUGUCUAACAUCGGCAUACACGUGGAACAGCUGGGGGGAAUGGUCCACGUGCUCAGUGUCAUGUGGUAAUGGGAUCAGGUCACGUGUCCGCACGUGCAGCAAUAUCACGUGUGAAGGGCCGCCGGUCAUGAUUGUCGCUUGCAUGGAGGUGAACUGCUCUACAGUAUCCCCUAGUUCGGCCAUAUGGUCCGAGUGGAGUGCUUGGUCCGACUGUACGCGUACAUGCGGGGGAGGUAAUCGCACACGAACUCGCACGUGCUCGACCGGAAACGCGUCAGAAUGCUGCGAGAACAUGGCCAUAGACUCGUGCAAUCGAGAGAGUCUACAGAGCAGAGAAUGCAUCAACAAUGACUGCUAUGGCAACUGGGAGGAGUGGCGGCCCUGGAGCGCGUGCAGCGUCUCGUGUGGGGAAGGUCAGCAGUCACGUGACCGGAUGUGUGGACCAGAAGGCGCUGUUUGCCCGGGGCUGGGCAAGCAGUCACGGGUGUGCUACAUACAGUGCCCGGCAUCGGAGAACUUGCUCGGGAACGCAACAGUUGAUGCCAAGCCCUCUUGCGAGAGCGGUCCUUGUCAGAACGGUGCGAUAUGUGACGACCACGGCGACAACGUGACCUGCCUCUGCCAGGGGGACUGGCGGGGACCCAAGUGUGAGAGCCUCUGCUUGAACAUCCUGGACUCGAGCGUAUGUCUCAACAAAGAGGGUUUGUUCCACAACUGUCUCGACUGUACCAAGUUUGUGAUCUGCAACCGAGGACGCGCGCUCUCAAUGACAUGCGCAGACGGCCUGAUCUGGACCGGAAACAGAUGCAUGAGACCACGUGACACACGCGCGCUCUGCAUAAACUAGAGAUCGGACACGUCCGGCCUUCCUGUGACAAUUGUCUGUUCAUAGACUGAGCAAACUUGAAGCUUACAUAAAAUCAUGCGAAUCUCGUCGAAUUAUAGACGUAAUAACUCCUAUGGUCCUAUGGUGAGACAAUAAACUUAGCAAGCGACACAGUGGUGAUAUGUUUAAAAACGCGUGUGUUGUUGUUGUUGUUGAACGAAUCGGUUUUCCUUAAAUUUAAGACAUGAGUAUGGAGGUUUACGAGGCUCCAACAAGCCGACGCGCUUGAACGAAAAAUAUAUGCGUGUAUAUCACAAAUAGAGGUACUUUUUGCGAGUUUCUGUCAUUUUGAUGUUCUAUGUAAGAAUGCUGAAAACAAGUUAGUACUCCCAAAAAUACAACAAGACGCAGGAAUCACGUUCUCUGACCCAUUAUUUUACGUCUCGGAUUUAAUUUUCAACGUUUUGGCGCCAUCCAAAAUAAUCAUGCGCUUAAACGAAAGGGCGACAAUUACCGUCUUCAGUGUUGUAUCGGCGCGCGCAUGUGUAGUUCUUGUGACGUAUCGAUUUGGCGUCCUUCAAACUUAAGAACGUCAGGACGUCAAAGCAGCGGUCCAAACACACCAACUCAGGAGCGACGUAACGACGUACUAGUAUAUAAGGGUCGAGUUGUCGGUCUGGCGUGUAUACAUUUGUCAUAUUGACACCCGUAUUCUAUCAGAGUGAUGCAUCGUCCACGAACACCCCAUCACGUCAGAACUGUACAUAUACGUGCCGAUAUGCUAAAUCAAUUUUAUAAUUAACGGGCAUAAAAUAAAUCAGCCACCAUACAAAUGUGACACGUGCGUAUGCACUUAUAUUGGAAAUAGCAUAACUUGUAGCUUCAAAUCCAUUGCUUUGACAAGAGGUCUUAUUUAUCUGUUCAGAUUUUAAAACACUGGCCAGGUAUCACCGUAAAAAUUUGAUAAGAGGGAUAAUCACUGACACUCGCUUGAUUUACGCAAAUUUAUCGACGUGGAUAACCGAUCAUGUUUGGAACUACUGAUUUGUAUAGUACCAUUCAGUUUAAAUGCAUUUAUUUCUUUGCAUGCUGUCACAUAUGAAAGAAAGAAAUAAAUGUAUUUUCUUUGUGAACUGUAAAGUUGAAUAAAAUGAAUGUAUAUAUUA